CUCCGCACACUUCACUUCAGACCGCGCUACUGCGAGCGUCGCGAUGGAUGUACACAGAGCUGGCUCGGUCGACUUUCGGGAUUGUAAUAUGGAUGAAACGGAUAUGAAAAACAGGAAGGUGCAACACCAGGAGGAACGCGUCGACAGCGGCGUGGAUUCGCUGAAGGAGGACGAGUAUAUGAAAAUUGUGGAGGAAAUUGAGACUUUGCUUCUUGGAGACCGGAUUGCGAUUCCGAAGGGGACGUGCGAGUCUUGGACGCAAGAAGUCACCGAGGAUGGAGACACGUAUCUUCACCUUGCCAUCAUUCACAAGGCGGACGACUAUGCCAUCCAGAUUAUCAAACAGUGUCAGAACGACCCGUUCCUGAACAGACAGAACAACCAGAGACAGACUGCCCUGCAUCUCGCCGUCAUCACGGAUCAGCCACACAUGGUGGACAGACUGCUCAAGGCCGGCUGCGAUCCACGGCUGGUGGACCAGAGCGGGAACACGGCCCUCCACAUCGCCUGCAAAAGAGGCUCGCAGGCUUGCUUCUCGGUGCUGACUCAAAUUCAGACCCAGCAUCUACACUCCAUUCUCAGCUUCCCGAACUACAGCGGACACAUGUGUCUCCACAUAGCGGCCAUUAACAACUACCUCUCAAUGGUGGAGAGUCUGGUCCAGCUUGGGGCGGAUGUAAACGCAAAGGAGCAGUGUAGCGGCCGUACGUCACUCCACUUGGCCGUGGACCUGCAGAACCUGGAUCUGGUGCACGUGCUCAUCACUUUGGGAGCGGAUGUCAAUAGUCUAACCUACGGCGGGUACACGCCGUACCACCUGACCUUCGGCCGCCAGAACAGCGAGAUCCAGAGGCAGCUUUACACCCGGACGGCUCAGGAGCUCAGAGCGAUGCCGGAGAGCGAGUCAGAGGACAGCGAUGAGGACUGGAUGUCCGAUGAAGAAUGUAUCUAUGACGAUAUCCAGUUCUGUGGGAGAUAGUCGGGCCCUCGGGACAACAUUCCCUGUGAUGCAAUGCAGCGAAGGCCGUAGGUGCUGUCUCUAGGUCUGGGACGGGGUCCGCCUUAUCCCAGGACGUCAAUCCUC